AUGUCAGAAGUCGGCAGUCAAUUAUGGAAGGGAUAUCAAGGAGCCCUCGGCAACGGAGGACACGGUGGUGGACUUCCUUUCCCUGGAUUCGACAAUGCGAACGGACAAGGCGGUUCAUUCAGACCAGACGCGCCAGAGCUCGGCCCAACUUUCCCAGUGGGAGGCGGUGAAGAGGGUGGUGAGGAUUAUCCUGACUACCCCAACAAUGGAAAUGAAGCUGGAUACCCCGACUACCCAGAAAAUGGUGGAGAGCCUGAACAACCAAACUACGAUGGCGAUCAAGAUAGUGGUGAGACAGAUGAGAAUGACAUGCAGCCACCACCUCAAGAUGACAACGGCAAGUGUCACAAGUGGGAUUGGUGGAGCAGUGAGCCAGCAAUCGGAGUCAAUCUCGGCAACUGGCUGAUCCCCGAGUGGUCAUGGAUGGGACACCCAGACGGUAUAUCGUACAACGGCGACAUCUACUCGCAAUGUGCGGGCAGAACAGCGGAAUGCACUGAAGAGAUGCGCACUAACUGGGAAGGCUACAUACUCGAAAGUGAUUUGGAGUACAUUAGCAACCACGGCGCAAACAUGGUUAGAAUCCCGGUACCAUUCUAUGCAUUCAUCGACACGACAGGCGACGAGCCAUACCCUACGGAUGAAGCACAGAAGAUGGAGCUCACUCGUGUGCUCAAUCUCCUUCCGGCAUACGGACUGCAUGCAGUGAUUGACAUCCAUGCUGUACCAGGCUCACAAAACGGCCUCGAACAUUCAGGCAGACUUGGUGAAGCAUACUUCCUCACGCAGACCUCUCAAUACUGGGAAAGAGCGCUGAACACAGUGCGCGCGGUGACGGAGUAUGUGCAGUCGUUGCCUGAAGACACGCAAUGCAUGAUUGCUGGGAUAGAAAACGCGAAUGAGAUCAAACCCGAGAACGACGACCAGAUCGGCACGACAAAGAAGUUCGCUGUGGAGUCGUACGAUAUUGUCAACAAAGCGGGUUUCACACUCGUCACAUCCGACGCGUUCCUCGGGCCAGCCAAAUGGAGCGACAUGUUUACACAGGGUGAGAAUGUUGCUUUGGAUGUACACCGCUACUGGGCAUACAGUGAUCCAGCCUCAGUCACGGACGCAAGCAUUGCGGAUGAUCUCGCUAAAUUUGCAACGGAAGCAGCUGCAUCACACUUGCCAAUCUUUAUUGGAGAGUACUCGAAUGCUCGUCCAUACGAACAGGACGUCGAGAGCCUCAGAUACACAUACCAGGCUGAACAGUCUCUCUGGGUCGGCGCUCUUGCUGGAUCCGCCUUCUGGGCUUACAAGGGUGAGCAAGGAAACGACUGGAACUGGCGCAAGGCGAUCAAUGACGGAGUAAUCGAUACGGAUGACUACUAUAACUUUGAUAUGACGCCUGAGUGGCUCAAGCAGCACAUUCGCGAUAUGUUUGGAGAGAGAAGUCGUAUCUGA